CGUCGUGGCCGUUUGGGUCCUUUUCGUUGCACGAGGACACCCUCAUGCCUCAGUGGCCGUCGUCUUCCUCAGUUUUAACUGCUUAGUCUGACAUAAAACGAGUUUCGGAAUGGACACUGAUAAAAAUUCAACCCCAACCGCCGGCGCUGCCGCGGAGAGCAAAGAUGGCACAGAUUCGUUCACAAAGGUAAAGUCUAAAAAGUCCCAGAAACGAAAACGCGAACAAGAUGGAGUGGACAUGGACACAGAGGAGUCCGUGGCAAGCAAGCGACCACAGUUUCCACCAAUUUCAGGCGAUAAACUGAAGGGACCAGAUGAGAUGCGCAAAAUCCCUGUCCCAGCUCACAGAUACACCCCGCUGAAGGAAAACUGGCUGAAGAUUUUCACCCCAAUUGUAGAAAACCUACAACUUCAAGUUAGAUUUAACCUUAAAACUAGGCAUGUUGAAAUCAAAACAUGCAAAGAAACACAGGACAUUGCCUCACUCACAAAAGCAACAGAUUUUGUAAAAGCGUUUAUUCUAGGAUUCCAAAUUGAAGAUGCCCUGGCUCUUAUCAGAUUAGACGAGCUUUUCCUUGAAAGCUUUGAUGUCACAGAUGUGAAACCUCUGAAGGGAGACCACUUGUCCAGAGCAAUCGGAAGAAUAGCAGGGAAGGGAGGGAAAACCAAAUUCACCAUUGAAAAUGUCACAAAGACCCGUAUUGUGCUUGCAGACACGAAGGUUCACAUAUUGGGGUCUUUCCAGAAUAUCAAGAUGGCCCGGACAGCAAUAUGUAACUUAAUCUUGGGAAGUCCACCUUCAAAGGUCUAUGGCAACAUCAGGGUGGUGGCUAGCAGGACUGCAGAGAGAUUCUGAAGUCUUAUUGGCUGUUGUUUGUCUUUCUGCCCCCCUCCCUUUGGCUGGUGGAAUUGCCACUUUGAUCUGCCUUGAUGAGUUAAGUCUGUUAACGUCUUUCUGGAUGGCCUGAUACCUCAGUUUCCUCUGUUGGCCUCAUGGUAAUUUAUUUUUGGAUCAGGUUAUUUUUGGACCCCAAACCAUUAGGAAACAUCAAGAUACAUGCAUAAACAAUGUGCAUUUAUCUGUAAGCGUGAGUUUCUGUAAAUAAAUAAUUUCAAUCUCUACAAAAAA